CGUGGACGGGUAGACCCUCAAUGCCACGUUAACUCUCGCCAGUAAAAUACGAGACCGCGAGUGUGUGGUUGUUUUGUGUUGGAGCAGAUUUCACCUCGUGUUUUGAGACGCCCUCUUCAAAAUUCAAGUGACAGAGCGGAAAUAA